AUGAAAUUAAAAUAUAUUUCAAUAUUUAUUUUAAUUAUUUUAUUGGCUACUUUUGUAUUAUCAUUAAGAGAUUUAAAUAAUGAUAUUUGGGAUGAAAAUAAUUUAAUUGAAUCUUUAAAUUUAAAAAAAUUGGAAAAUUCACAACAAAAAUAUUUUUCAACAAAAUAUUUAUCAAAUAAAUCAAAAUUAAAUAAAUUAUUUGGAUAUAGAAUUAUGUAUAUUUGUAGUAAUGAGUCAUUACCUAUUUUAUAUAAAUUAGAAGGAAGUGUUCAAAAAUGUCCCGAUAAUUAUACUGUUGCCGUUGGAAAAUAUAGAAAUGCUCAAAAUGAGACUGGAUGGGGUAUUCUUGAAGUUGAAACCUUUCCAAAUUUUCCAGUAGAAAUGCAGGCAUAUGCAGCUGGACUUGUUGAAGGUUUAUUAACAAAAGUACAAAUUCACUAUCAUUAUUUAAAUACUGUUAGCCAAUUAUGUAAAAAUGCUAAAGAAUAUUGUUUAAAAUUAUUUAACUAUCUUAAGUUGAAUUUAGAAUGGAUUGAAUCACAGGUUAUGUCAAACCCUCCAACAGAUUUAUAUUGGCGCCAUGUUAAUUUAACAUAUACCCAACUUACUGGAAUUCAAGAUGGUUAUGGCCCAGAAAAACAAUUUUAUUUUUCAAGAGUUAGAUUUGCAAUUACUCCAAUUUUAAAAAUACAAAUGGCCGGAGAAUUUUAUGAUUUGGAUAGAGUUUUUAAAAAACCUAAAACUAAUUAUUCUUCAAAUAGUCAUUGCUCUGGAUUUAUUAAAGUACUUGAAGGAAAUAAAGACAUGUCUGUGAAUUUUAUGAAUUAA